GGGUGGGGGGCUAAGAGAGAGAGAGAGAGAGAGAGAGAGCGAGAGAGAGAGAGAAAGAGAGAGAGAUGCGGGGCUUCAGCAUCCAAAACACACGAGGGAGGUGCGCCACGGAGACCAGAGCGCCGGACCCACACGGAGCACCAUCACGCUCACCGGUCCUCCGUCAAACCCCCUGCCCGCUGAUCAGCGCCUCAAUCCCGCCCAGAGAUAUUGAUCACGACUGGCUGUCCAUGUGAAGACCGGAGCAACCCUUUUCAAAGAAAUGACGUGUGUGUCUCGACCUCCAGCACCUCCCCCGUCUCCACCUGCCAUGGUCACAUGAGGCACCCCUGAAUGACUGUCCUCUCGCAUCCCCAGACUCGACAAAGCGCUCCUUUCCGCAAGAGACAUCCGUCAGCGAAGCCGCCAUGACUGUGGCGGUGCGAUUCCGCCGCCACUUACGGCGGCUCCUCCUCCUGUUGGCCUCCUGCUGUCUCCUCUCCUUGCUCCUGUCAGCGUACUUUCUCUUCACCAACUCCUCACCUUCCAUGCAAAUUGGACAAUCCUCCGAGCCCGCUUGCUCCCAGCCCCUCUCCAUGUCCCCAUACCGCCAACUCCCAUACCCGUACCCUCCAGAUCCCCCUCACACACAUGUCCACACCGACUUGGCGGUGCUUGUGCUGGUGGAGUCCCAGUACUCUCAGCUGGGUCAGGACAUUGUGGCUAUAUUGGAGUCUGCGCACUUCAAGUUCCGCAUGGAAAUAGCCUCAGGGAAGGGUGACCUGCCGCCUUUGACGGACAAGGGCCGCGGACGAUAUUCGCUCAUCAUUUAUGAGAACCUCCUCAAGUAUGCACAUGCAGACACAUGGAACAGGCAGCUGAUGCAUCAGUACUGCACCGAGUUCAGGGUGGGCAUCAUUGGCUUCUACCGCUCCACGGACACCUCCCCACCUCUGCUGAAACUCAGAAACUUCCCGCUGGUGCUCAGGACCAAUCAGGCCCUUUGGGACUGUUGCGUGGUGUCCAGCUCUCCCAUCCUGACCCUAACCAAACCCGGUAUGGACCGUGGGGCCUUACCGGGCGAGGACUGGACCUCCUUUUCCUCCAAUCACACCACCUACCAAGCUGUGCUGUAUGCCCGGGCCAAAGACGGAGCAGGGGCGGGCAGCGGUGACAAUCCGGGCCCCGGCUUCAGCCUGGGCCUGCAGGCCACUGUGGUGCAGGACAUGGGGCUCUACGACGGCGUGAGGAGGGUGUUCUUUGGCCAGGGGCUAAACUACUGGCUCCACAGACUCAUCUUAGUGGACACCAUCUCCUACCUGACGGACAGGAAGCUGACUUUGGGUCUGGACCGGCACAUCCUGGUGGAUAUAGAUGACAUUUUUGUGGGAAAGGAAGGCACCCGCAUGAACGUCAAGGAUGUGAAGGCGCUUCUGGAUACUCAACGACAGUUGCGUGCUCAGAUCUCCAACUUUACCUUCAACUUGGGCUUUUCUGGCAAGUUCUAUCACACAGGCACAGUGGAGGAAGAUGAGGGAGACGAUUUACUGCUGAAGUACGUGGAUGAGUUCUGGUGGUUCCCCCACAUGUGGAGCCACAUGCAGCCUCACCUCUUCCACAACGAGUCGUCGCUGCUGGAGCAGAUGGUGCUCAACAAGGAGUUUGCGUUGCAACAUGACAUUCCGGUGAACAUGGGCUACGCCGUGGCCCCCCACCACUCGGGGGUCUACCCGGUCCAUCUGCAGCUUUAUGAGGCUUGGAGACGCGUGUGGAACAUCCGGGUGACCAGCACGGAGGAAUACCCCCACCUCAAGCCUGCUCGUUACCGCAAAGGUUUCAUCCACAGUAACAUUAUGGUGCUACCUCGUCAGACGUGCGGCUUGUUCACCCACACCAUCUACUAUAAGGAAUAUCCUGGUGGGCCAAAAGAACUGGACAAAAGCAUACAAGGAGGAGAGUUGUUCCUCACUGUUCUUCUCAACCCUAUCAGUAUCUUCAUGACUCAUCUGUCCAACUACGGCAAUGAUCGUCUCGGUCUCUACACGUUCGUCCACUUGGCUUCUUUUCUUCGCUCGUGGACAAACCUAAGACUCCAUACACUUCCUCCGCCUCAGCUCGCGCAGAAGUACUUCCAGUUGUUUCCUGAACAGAGAGACCCACAAUGGCAGAACCCGUGUGAUGACAAACGGCACAAAGAUAUUUGGUCGAAAGAGAAGACCUGUGACAGGUUACCCAAAUUCUUGGUGGCAGGACCACAGAAAACAGGGACGACAGCACUUUAUCUCUUCCUCCUCAUGCAUCCCUCCAUCUCCAGUAACUUCCCCAGUCCAAAGACUUACGAGGAGGUCCAGUUCUUCAACACCAACAACUACCACAAAGGAAUUGACUGGUACAUGGAGUUUUUCCCCGUACCCUCCAAUGUUAGUACGGACUUCCUGUUUGAGAAAAGUGCCAAUUACUUCCCCUCAGAGGAGUCCCCACGGCGCGUCGCAGCCCUGCUGCCCAAGGCCAAGAUCAUCACCCUGCUCAUCAAUCCCUCAGAUAGAGCCUACAGCUGGUAUCAGCAUCAGAGAGCUCACGAGGACCAUGCAGCGCUUCGCUUUUCUUUCUACGAUGUCAUCACCGCCAGAGCAGGGGCCCCGGCCGAACUGCGUUCUUUGCAGAACCGAUGUUUGAACCCAGGCCUGUAUGCCACACACCUUGAGAGGUGGCUCAUGCACUACCCUGCUAACCAGCUUAUGAUCAUAGACGGCCAUCAGCUGAGAGCAGACCCCGCUACUGUCAUGGAUGAAGUCCAGAAGUUUCUGGGAGUCACUCCUCAUUUCAACUACUCACAGGCCCUCACUUUUGACCCUCAAAAGGGCUUCUGGUGCCAGCUGCUUGAGGGAGGAAAGACCAAGUGCUUAGGGAGGAGCAAAGGACGAAAGUAUCCUCCAAUGGAACCAGAGGCUCGGUCAUAUCUGUCCAGGUACUACAGGGAACACAACGUGGAGCUGUCAAAGCUGUUGCAUCGCCUUGGACAGCCCCUUCCCUCCUGGCUGAGAGAGGAGCUACAGAAGGUUAGAUAACCUUUGCAUCCAUGAGCCGGCAUUAAAGGCUAAAGGUGAAACAGUACGGAGCAAACCUGGAGCACCCGACCCUCAGACGCACUCUCCAGCGAGCGCCGAAGUCAAGACGACCAACACAAGGCCUUGUUUCACACCUUUGAAGGGCAAAGAAAGUGGAACACUUGGAGGGCUGAUUGAAGGGAUGAAUGGUUGGAGUGCCUCCGAAGUCACUGAGGACAAAGUGAGGUUCAUCCAAGUAGAACUCUUACGCAGACCUUUGAAGGUUUUGCGGGAUCCUCACCUUUAAUUUAUCACACCAGAACAGCGCUGGUCAGCUGUGUGAAUCCAAUCAUGUGCACUACUUCGUUGAAGCUAAAAAGAAAAAGACAAAAAAAAAAGUUUCUUUUUAGUUUCUGGUGUUGUUCCUACCACGGAAAGAAUUCGAAGAAGGUGCAUCGUCUCAGGGCGUGUGGCAGCCUGUCGUGUGAUUUUCUAUGAGUUUGUUUGUUCCGAGUGAAAGUAGCUGCUGGUAGAUCUGGCAGCCCCGUUCACCUCAGUGAUGUCACCCCAGGCUGUCUCCAGAAAAUAAGAGUUGGGAAGGCGCCGCUGAGCAAGAAGGAGAAGAAAGCCGCAUCCAACAUACAAGUUUGAUGUUAUCAAUGCCGUAGACGGCAGUAAAAGAGACCGAUCAAAACGAGUGGACGUGACACAUGGGGUAUGAUGUCAGGCUGCCCCCCCCCACCCCAUUUUGUUGCUGUAUCUGCCUCGGUUUUCAUGUUUUCGUUAAUGACACCACACACACAGUUGUUUACCUUCAGUUUUAUGUCAACAAUCUUGAAGUGUCAAAAACAGAAACCAAAAUUAAAAGAAAUGCAUACUCUGGAACGUGCGUGUUUCUUUGCUAUUAAGUUUGCGGCAUGAAGUGGCCAUGACAUGAAGAAAACAGAUUGCAGGAAUUCCAACUGUAAUAAAAGUGGAGUUGUUUUUAUCA